CUUGGUACAUUUUUAUAGUCCAGGUAUAGCUCUGAUCACCAGCAGCACAUACAUACAUACACAUAUCCCCCCGUCAUACGUACAUACAGAUCGACGCGGGAAAAAAAAUUUAUAUAUAGACCCUGGACGUGCUUACACGACCCCCGUCAAAACUCAACAUCGAUUAUCUUCUCCCACCGGCCCGUAAGGAAGAGGCCUCGUUAUUAUAAAAGGCAUCGAAUCAUCCCGACUCAACUCAGCUUGACGAUAUUUUCAAAAGCAAAAGUCUAGGGCUAGUCUCACAAUCUUCACAAUGGGGAAAUUCUUCGGCCUUCGGGGCGAUUGGCUUAAUUAUGCCAUCGGUAUAAUUGCAGGAACUGAUUUCCUGCUAUUCGGUUAUGACCAGGGUGUCAUGGGCGGAAUUCUCACUAUGCACCAAUUUCUUGAUGAUUUCCCUGCCAUCAAUCCCAAUGGCACAAAAGACCCUCUCGAACAAGCACAACGAUCUUCCACUCAGGGUAUCUCAGUUGCAGCAUAUAACUUGGGAUGCUUUGUCGGCGCUGUUGCUACUAUCUUCAUUUCUAAUCCCCUCGGCCGUCGGCGCAUGAUCAUACUCGGCACUACUAUUAUGGUUAUCGGUGCCAUCCUGCAAGCUAGCGCCACUACUCUCCCGCACUUAAUUAUUGGACGAAUCAUCACCGGAUUAGGAAACGGCGGUAACACAUCGACAGUACCCACCUGGCAGUCAGAAACAUCGCGCGCACACAAGCGCGGUAAAUUGGUUAUGAUAGAAGGUGCCCUUAUCACCUGCGGUAUCAUGAUCAGUUACUGGAUUGAUCUUGGCUGCAGUUUCGUCGAAGGCAGCAGUGUUGCCUGGAGAUUUCCGCUUGCCUUCCAAAUCGUCUUCUGUCUGCUCAUCUUGGCUACCAUCUGGAACCUGCCCGAGUCUCCACGAUGGCUGAUCCUCAAGGACCGCGAAGAGGAAGCCCGAGAAGUUCUUGCUGCUUUAAUGGAUACCGAGAUUCACAACAAGGAAGUCGAGAACGAAUUUACGGCUAUCAAGGAGACCGUCGCUGAGAUGUCUAAGGGCAGUUUUGCCGACCUAUUCACUAUGGACAAGGACCGAAACUUCCACCGAACUGUGCUCGCUUUUGUCAACCAAAUGUUCCAGCAAAUCUCUGGCAUCAACCUUAUCACCUACUACGCUCCUGUUAUCUACAGCGGACUUGGCAUGAGCGAUUUCAUGGCUAGACUUCUCGCUGCUGUUAACGGCACUGAAUACUUCAUCGCUUCGUGGCCCGCUGUGUUCCUUGUUGAGCGCGUUGGUCGCCGAAAGCUCAUGCUUGUUGGUGCUGCUGGCCAAGCUAUUAGUAUGGCGGUCCUAGCUGGUGUAAACUCAAACCCAGACAGCAAGAGCGCUCAAGCCUGUGCUGUCGCCUUCCUGUUUGUCUUCAACACAUUUUUCGCCAUCGGUUGGUUAGGAAUGACUUGGCUAUACCCUGCUGAGAUUACUACGCUCCGAACCCGUGCGCCCGCGAAUGCGUUGUCCACCUCUUCGAACUGGAUAUUUAACUUCAUGGUUGUCAUGAUCACGCCCGUAGCAUUCCAGAGCAUCAAGUACCAGACUUACAUCAUCUUCGCGGUCAUCAACGCAUUUAUGGUUCCCUCGGUUUACUUCUUCUUCCCCGAGACCGCCUACCGAUCUCUCGAGGAAAUGGACUCUAUCUUCCACAAGGUCAAGGGCGCCAAGGGCUGGUUUACCGUUGUCCACACCGCUCAAAACGAACCCCGUCGCUACGGAAAGAAUGGCGAGCUACUCAUUGCUUACGAGGAGACUGACGAGCAUAAGGCGCACGUCGCUCCUGCAGAGCAUCAUGAGGGCGGCCCCGGUUCUGGCACGGCUUCGGUUGAGACGGAUGCGGAGAAGGCGUCAGGCGGCGUGUUUGUUGAGAACCGCCAUUAAACUUUGGGUUCUAGCCUGAAGUGACCGGACUUAUACCAUUUUUGUUAUGAAUUUUUUUUAGAUACCUCGACUUUUUAGUCUUUCUCUGAGAUAUGCUACUCGCUACCCUCCUUAUAUAUAUAGAUGCAGGAAUACCCUGAGAUGGGAUGGGAGAAAGGAAAUGUUUAUUUUGAAACUACCCAAUAUUCCAGUCAUGUUGUUUUUCGCGAUAGAUAUCCAUCAUUGGGAGAUACGAUAACUUCAAAAGCGCCAUAAGGGCUGAAUUGAGAAAGAUGUUCUAAAACAUUAAAUUUCAUUGAUUAUUUUGUGAUUUGUGGAGUCUAUUGUAUACAUCUAUGAUUGACUACCUAGGUACCUAGGUACCUAGUUACUCUCUUGAUUCUACUAUUACUAUAGUCCCAAUUUUGUCUACUACAGACACAAUACAACUAUUGGAAGUGUC